GGUAAUUAGUUCACUGUUACACUGCUACGCUAGUGAGUAUCGGAAAUGGGGUCGCGCCAAGGCGAUUGGUGUUGAUUUGUGGCGGCCUCUUUUAAAGCUUGGAGGACCCUUGCUUUCCCUAUUCCUGCUUAGAAAGCCAAUUUGAGAUUGGCAAGAUUUCAAAAAAAGGCAGCAAAGAACAUCUGGAACAUUAAACAACCCUUGGAACUGUACACACCACUGUACAACUGUACAAGUACAAAACAAGAUAGUCAAUCAUCCAUUUCAACCAACCUUUGAACGCGUUUACGACAUCGUUUCUUUUACUCCGACGACCCAAGAAUCAGUCCCCGAUUUCGUCGAUCCAUCUAACCAUCUAGCCAUCUAACCAUCAAUUUGACCCUCUUCAUUACUUAUUUGGACAGCCAUUGAUCAAAUACACCUAGACUGCCUAUAACUUGUAAACUGCUUACCCAGCAUAACUUCACCUGUCGCCAUUCUAUCAAUCUCCGACAAGACCAACCACUAGACAGACCCCUGAGUACCUACUACCUAGUACCUACAACACGGAACAUACGCGCACAAUAUGGGUCAGAGUGUGUCGUGGCUGUCUAGCCUGCUAUGGGCGAAGAAGGAAAUACGAAUCUUAAUCCUAGGUCUUGAUAACGCCGGAAAGACAACACUAUUAUACAGACUAAAGAUAGGCGAAGUAGUAACGACGAUCCCCACAAUCGGGUUCAACGUCGAAUCAGUAACGUACAAGAAUCUAAAUUUCAAUGUGUGGGACUUGGGUGGCCAGACCUCCAUUAGGCCAUACUGGCGAUGCUACUACGCAAACACGGCCGCCGUCAUCUUCGUCGUCGACAGCACAGAUAUCGAACGUCUACAGACGGCUGCCGAGGAGCUAGCGGCGAUGCUGAAUGAAGAGGAAUUGCGAGAUGCGGCCCUUCUAGUAUUCGCCAACAAGCAAGACCAGCCGGGAGCCAAGGGCGCGGGCGAGAUAUCCGAGGCAUUGCGACUGGGCGAGCUGAGGGAUCGCAACUGGAGCAUCGUCGCGUGCUCAGCCGUUGACGGGAGCGGUGUCCACGAGGGCAUGGAUUGGCUGGUGCAAACGGUAUCGCAGGACUAAACGCCCUUUCACUCUAACACAAAGCAUUCUGUACAACACUAUAAUAAACCGCAUCAACAUCAAAAGGCGCCAAGACCUAUACUGGGCAAUACCAACUUUGUGUUUCUUGGUAUCGCAUCCGCGUCGUCUUGGGUAAACAGCUCCGGCGAGCAGAGUUUGACAGGACCACCACCAAAAUGGUACUGUAGACACUGUGAUUAAGAGCAGAGAGUCAGGCGUUCUACGGGAACUCCCUCGAUUAAGGGGGGGAUUUAAGGGGAAGAAAGGGGGGAGGGGAAGGGGAAGGGGAGAGGGGGAAAGCAGGUAGUAAGGAUGAAUA